AUGUACGGCGCGGGUUCGGACGACGAGAAUGUUGAGCCGGUGGGCAAGCAGGGCGCCAGUGGCGGUCACAGCAGACGUUGCCGGCAGAUGAGCGACAGCCGGUUGCGGCUGGAGUUGUUGUGCCGAUUGCAGGAGUUGGAUCAGGAGACGGGAGGCCCCGCGUCGGAGACGGGAGGCCCCGCGUCGGAGGCGGGAGGGAGUGAGUAUGGGUAUGAGGAGGUGUUGGAGGAGGAGGAGUACAACGGUGGGGGUAGACGACGGUCGGAGGGGAGUCAGUCAGCGGGGAGUUGGACGUUAGCUCCGGGCGAGAAGACGCCGUGGACGGCAGCACCGGGUCCGGUGGAGCUGUCGAAUCUGGAGCAGUUGCCAGUGCGUGAGGCCGUUGUGGAUGCGUGGUUUGAAUUCAUGGCUGGCAUGCGCGACUUUAUGGGAUCGCUUAGCGCGACGUCGGUCCUAGCCUCUAAGUGCGGUUAUGAUAUGGUGCGAGAGCGGCUCGACAACUGGGUAACGCAACGUGGCUCCUAUUCCGCCGGUGGCCGAUUGCAAGGUACGUGUGUGCUGGAUCCCGGUCGCCUGAGUAAAGCCGACCGCACAGUGCUCGCCAGUCAGGGCGCACAUGCCGAACGUAUGCUCCACAUGGUGGUGGACGCCGUCUUCAACGACAUUCGCGGGAACACCACCAGCAUCUCAGCCGUCGGCUCUGCCGCGUAUGCACGUAUGCGUAAGGCCCGACGGGCCCUUACUGACGCACUCCGACGCCGUGACGGCCGCUGCUGUCUCCUCAAUCCGAUACUUACAGACGACAUUGAAGAUGUCGUCUGCCGGCUUUCCAGGGUCCUCGGCAUCGAUCCCUACACCAGUCCCCAAGGCACCGCCCGUCGCAGACGAGACCACUCGCAACCCCUCGAUGACUCUACCGUCAAUGACACAACCGGCGAUCCGGAGCCCGGCGAUCCGGAGUCCGGCGAUCGGGAGUCCGGUACUCCGGAGCCAGAGGAGUCGCCCGGUAACUUGCCGCGUCGGGUCUCCCGGAAGACGGCAACGGCCGAUUGGGUAAGGGAGGCUGCGAAGAAACCACAAACUAAACCUCGUCGGGCGUCUCUUGACCGGUCGGGCUUCGAGCGAGCUGUCCGGAAGGAGUCGAGCCUCGAGCGGAGCCUCGAGCGACAGAAUUUCGAAUGGUCGAGCCUCGAGAGGCCGGGUGGAAAAAAGGCUUCACACGACGCGUCGUGGAGCAGCCAGCCAGUCACACGCGUGAUGGUUGGUUGGCAUCGGCGGGACGACUUAAGUGGACACUGGCGCAAUAAGGAGUGGCGAUUAAGACAGCGACGUGAGCACCUGGACAUACUGGAGCGACUGGACUUGCCCUGGAACCCGGACGGUAGUGUGUCUGGCGACCUACGAGUGGGUUUCCGUGAUUGGGCUCGCCGGCUGGACGAACGAAUGCAGCCGGAGGUCUUGGAGUCCAAAGUUCACAGCCCGCAAAACUGGUUCGACCAAAUCACGGAUGUGGCGGCCGACCGGUCAGGCGACUGGUCAGUCAACGUGGGUACUUAUGUAGAAUUGGUACUGGGCUUUACGUCGCCACCGGACAAUAACUCGUUCCACGAAACAAUCAUGCACGUAGUGACGAGCGAUGGCCAAAAGAUGGUGCGCCGUCUCGAACGGGCGAUUACGCAAAGUGUGCUGGAGGAGUGGGACGAUCUUACGGUCGAGACGGCAGCCCUCGCCUAUGGUGGCAUUGAGUACUGCUCAGAAGAAACGGUGCGCAUCUUGGUUGAUAGGUGGACUGAGAAACUGAUGUUCCUCGUUGAGAGUUGGAGCGAUGCUUUUCCCACCAGACACAGACGUGGUAGCGUGGCGGAGACGUUGGAUAUGCUCGACGUCAUCAUUGACGACGCUAAAGACGAAAUAGACAUCUUGGCGCAACGCGUUCACCCACGAAUAUACCAAGCAGUCUACCCACUCCUAAACCGAGUCGAACUCGCCUUUGACAUCUUCCAGCGUUUCUACCAAGCAUACCUUCAGCCCCCAGCACAGAGGGCACAAAGGCAACAUGCACACAAGCGACCCAAGUCUACCGGCAGAUCCAAGGGACAGAGCGUUACAACGGAACACGGCGGCACAGCGGAACACAGCGGCACAGCGGAACAAAGUGUCAGCAACCAAUCUGACCACGCGGCUGGCAACAGCCAAUCGGGCAGCCAGCCAAGUAGCCUUACAGGUACCCCGCCCGACAGCCAGUCAGGCAGUCAACCCAACAGCCUUACAGGUACCCCGCCCGACAGCCAGUCAGGUAGUCAACCCAACAGCCUUACAGGUACCCCGCCCGACAGCCAAUCGGGCAGUCAACCCAACAGCCUUACAGGUACCCCGCCCGACAGCCAGUCAGGCAGUCAACCUCCCAGUCUGACAUAUACCGUCGCAGACAGUCAAGUAGACAGUCCGCCGGAUAGCCGGACGAGCAGCCCGACAGGUGCUCAAGCUGGUACCCCUCCGGGGAGCCAGCCAAGCAGUCUGACAGGUGGUCAAUUUGCCACGACAUCCGAGAGCCGCCCAAGCAGCAUGACAGGCCGCCAAUCGGGCAGCCAACCAGGACCGUCUGUCGCUACCUCAGUUAGUCCCCAAGUUAGUUCACCUGACAGCCAGCCCGUCAGCUUGAUAGGUGACAAAGCAGCUGAACACUUGGACAAGCCGCCGCCGGCGGAUGAAAGGUACGCUCGCAUAGUUGAUGAAGCGUUCUCUCGACUGGCUGGCAACGAGUCUCGAUAUCGCAGGGAGGUCAGGGAAACGGAGUCGUCGUUCGUGACCGACACUAAAGUGUCCCGUCAGGUUGCUGAUGAGUUUUCAAGCACCACGAAAAUUUCCAAGUAUUCGGAUACGGCCUUUAAAACAGUCAAAGAAACUACCACAAAAGUCAGGGAGCUCAACACUGGUCCUACUCGCCUGCCAGUGAUCCACAUUGAGACCUUGGAAGCCCCCCAACCACGGAACAAGCCGAAAAAGGUUUUCAAGAAGACAGACACUCUCGUGUCGGGAAGUAGCACCUCCCCGCCAUUGCUGCGCUAG